AUGCCCACUCUUGCAGCCGCAAAGACCUCGAAUGCUGGCUAUUGUCCAUCGUAUCUCCCAGUGGCCGUGAUAUUCGGAGGAACCUCAGGGAUCGGCCAAGCUAUAACUGAGACACUAGCCGAGUACCUCAAAGGCCGCGUUCACAUCGUCAUUGUUGCCCGCAACAAGGCAGCGGCAGACGCCAUCAUUGGCAGUCUUCCUAUACCCAUAGCCUCUGACGCUGCUGGGUCCAGGUAUGAGUUCAUAGCGUGCGAUGUGACGUUGAUGAAGACGUUCACGCCGCGUGCAGAGAGCUCU